UUUUCAGUAACGUCGUUAGCAAGUUAGGCUAACAUUAGCUAGUCGAAUGUGUUGUCAUCUCGGUUUAAUCGUUUUCAAGAAAAGCUCACGUUAACGAGUUCUGAUUUCGUUAACCAAAUCAAACUUAGGUCACCUAAAUGUAGUUUUAUUUGGGGUUGAGGAAGGUGUUGCUGAUUAGCUAACGCUGUCUGCAAGCAAAUAGUUAUUAUGGUAACAACUAUAACAUUCCUAAAGAUUAGCCCCACAUAGGAGAGGCGUCCUUUAGUGUUGGGCUAAAGAAAAUAUGCUGUCAGGUUGAGUCAAGAAAGUAACCCUACCUGUUUGUCAAAUGUAGUGUAGAUUCGUGACACUGUCUAGGACGUGAUUUAUGAGGGGGUGAACGAUCUUAUUCCUCCUUCCGCCCCUCACCCAGAUGAUGGAGGAUUUCUCCGGCCUGGCCCUGCCGCCUCUCUUUGGGGGCCACAUCCUGGAAGCAGAACUGGAGCCAGGUGGGGUGGAACUGGGCCCAGGGGAGGUAGAGCUUGGCCCUGGGGUCAGCGAGUUGCUAGAGGGCAGAGGUCAAGGGUCAGGAGCAAGGCCAGAGCAGCAGCAGGAGGAGAGGAGAGAAUUGGAGAAAAGGAAGUACCUGGCUUUGAUCAAGAGGUGUAAGGAGUUUGAACAGGUGAAUGAGAAGAUCCUUGGUCGCCUUCACCAGGUACAAAGACUAACACGUCGCAUGAAGAAAGAGAGAAGGUUCCUAAUGAAGACCCUCGACGCCCAUGGAGAUGACUAUAGAAAUGCACAGCUCACCAUAUCGCUUGAGGAAGAGGAAGAGUCUGGUGCCCAUUUAGACAUCUGCCCUGGAGCAGAAGGUGAUAGGCUGAAUGACCUUCCUAGCUCCUCCCCCUCUGUCCCUUUCCAAUCCACAGUGGGAUCCAAGAAGAAGAGGCAUUGAGUUCUAAAACAGGAGAAAGACCCACAGACUGAAGCAGACAUCUCCAUGUUGGCAGAGACGCAGUUCAGUGACUUUCCCAGCCCAACCGCUUUGUCUCACUGACCAGGGGAAUGGCCGGCUGCUAGUGGGAGGAGAAAUGAGGCAGCAUUCUGUUGCUUGGACUCCCACUUCCCCAGACGUGAUGUCACUGAAACACAUACAGCCAGGGCUCUUUGGGAUGUUCUGAAAGUUGUAUUGGGCUUGAGUUCUGAAAUAAUGGAAUAGGAUGAAGCUACACCUGAUCCAAGGUUCUACUACGUGGAUGCUGUCUACAGAACCUUGCAGAUAGAAAUGAAAAACAUAGUGGAUAAGAUUAUAAUUUAUGCACAACUAUGGUCUAUGGAAAUGGCUGAAGGUCUUGACCAUGGUAAUCCACCCAUUCUGCUCGGGUAGAGAAUGCAUGGUCCGGUCCUUGCGGAAGUUACAUUGACAGUACAUGUAUUGAUGUGAACCUUUUAUCAGGAUACUCUGAACAUGUUUUAUGAUUGUUUGUCGACGUGAUGCUUACUAAAUGUUCCGUAUAAAAUGUUUAUUCAGAA